AUGUUGGGUCGGUCCAACGUCCACUUUCUGGACGAAUCUCCAGAGUUCGACCACCCAACUCUGCUGCCCCACAGUUCCCGCUCUCGCAAUGCCCACAAGCAUGGUCUUGGUCGCAACAGUGGCAGCAGACGUACACCGCAAGUGUUCAGACUGACUGAAUCCCAGGGUUCUCCCAUCUAUCUGGGGUCUGAUUCUGGCAGCCGUGACAAAACUCCUGAAUUGAUUCCAGGUCUCAGGGACACAAUCGUCUCACCCGAUGAGACCCGUCUCCAACUAGCCAACCCUCAGGGAUGGAUCGAUUGGGCCAUGAAUGGAUCAACGGUAUUCGACAACAAGCAAGAUGAAGUCGCCGCGGCCACAUGUCCUGGAACUAUCCUCGGAUCCGAGGGUGUAAAAAGCAAUAUGUUCUUCCAAUGGGGUCUUCGCUAUGUUCCGACUAGGGACACUGAAAAUUUUUAUCGUGCUGUCGUUAUCGAAAAUCUUCCUCAAUACGUGACCCUUGACCAGAUCUUGCCUCGAAUUCGCGGAGGACAAGUCUAUUCUGCGUACCUGUGCGAUACCAAGAGCAUCAUGAAUGGGUCUCCGACGAUUCUGGUCACUUUUGUUCAUCAGGAUGGUGCCCUCGCGUUCCUCGGCCGAUGUGCUCGAGAGGGCUUCUAUGUGGGCUUCACACCCGCGCGAGUCCGGCCUGUGUCGACGCCCACCUAUCUCUUGAGCCGGGACAUGGAGUAUGAAAUUGAACAGUAUGGGCGGAGCCGCUGCCUCGUCUUCAGCACUGACCAUCCAACGGCUAGGCAAAGACUCUACGUCAAGCUCGCCAAGUCAUCUUUCUCUUCUCGUGUGGAGUGCUUCGGGGUGCCUGGCGACAAAGGAAUGAUCACCGUUCGGUUCGAUUCGAUCAAGACAGCCAUACAAGCUCACCAGAUCCUCAAAGACCUCGAGAUUUUCAAGGAGGUCAAGUUCGGUACUGACCCUUGCAUGGAGGUGUGA